ACUUGAAUGAAAAAAUGCGACUAUAUGAAUUCGUUAGAAGUUUUGAUUUGGCAAUAGCAUGGCUUCGACAUACCGAGAGCAAAGCAGUUCACACAAGCGAAAACACAAAACCAGUCUUAACCACAAUCCUGCCCGAAUUAGAGGGGAGCGCAGCGGAGGUGUUUACAAGGAAUGUGUUCUUCAUGGUGAGGAAGCAUUUGAACAGGCAAGGACUUCUAAUUUCUGAGGGCUGGAGCGAGGAUGGAGGGAAUCGUACAUAUUAUUACUCGAAAUAUGGUGGACACGAAAUAAGUUGGAGGGUGGAUUAUGAUAGGUCAAUGGAGAAGCUAAUCUGCUCUUGCAUGAAAUUCGAGUCAAAGGGGAUUCCUUGUGCUCACAUGUUUCGCGUGAUGGUGGUAGAAGGAAUGAACAGGAUCCCAGAAGCAUGCAUUUCGAAGCGGUGGACAAAGGGAGUUCACUGUAGUAAUAAUGGAAUGAAAGAAUUUGUUGCAGACGAACAGCUGACACAAAUGGCCAGAUAUGGCACUUUAAAGUCCAGCUGUAAUACUAUGUGUUACUAUGCCUCCUACAUGGAUGAUGCGUUUAAUGACCUGCAACAGAUGUUUGACAAGCAUUCUGUGGACCUAAAGGAGAAGUGGAUUGAUAGGGGAUAUGGGGGAGAUGGAUUUGCAAUGGAUUCAAGAGUGAGGAACGAUAGAAGUAGAAGAACAUUCGGGCUGUUAGAUCCUAGGGUGUCCCGGUGUAAAGGUGAUCACAAGCAUGCAGAAGCAAAGAAGAAAAGAAAGUGUGGUCAUUGCAGAUUGCAGGCAGGCCACAACCAACGAACAUGCCCAUACAAAAAGAAUUCGCACAACACAGCAGUUGAUGAUGAUUAUAUGGAAAACUGUUUGGAUGACUCGCUGGAAAAAUCAUUUGAAAUUGGUACGGGCUGCAGCGACUCAGGCGAAUGGAGAGGACAAGCAUUUGUACCACAACCAUUCGGUAGCGGUGGAAGGGACACAGGUGGCCAACAAAGAAGUCCAGGAGAAAGAUGAGGCACUACUGUUGUGAUGCUUCGGUUUGCAGUUACGCAAUAAAUAAGGCAGGUUUUGGUGAGUCGAGGUGCAAGAGUAGUCUUUCCAUGAAACAAGUACGAAAUUGUAAAAGGGGAAGGGUUUGUAUCUUUCCUUCGCAUUAAUUUGUCUUGAGCAUGAGAAGGCUACAAGGUAUUCGUGAAUGCGGGGAAAGCUGGGUAUAUUGUUUAAAAAAUUUUGAUUCCGUUACCAUUGAAGUGUAAAUAAUGUAAGUUUGAAUGUGUCAUGGGCCAUUGUAAGCUGUUAUCACCACAGCCACUGAAAGGUUGUAAACAGUCAUUGUACUGAUGCAGUACCUGUUGGUAAA